GAGGCAGGAGCCGCCCCCGCCCGGAGCAGAGCACGGAGCCGUCAUAUCCCCCCUCACAGUGCCUGAGCCCCGGACUCCUCUCCACAGAGCUGCCUGUUAUGUCCCCCGUGUGCCCGCUCUCCUUCGCACCCUAGCCCCGGGCGUCCUCCCUCCAUGUGCCGGGGGCAACAGGUGUCAGAGCACACGGUACAGGUCGGAGCUGUGGAGCCCAUGAGGUGACAGCCGUCCCCGCCACACACCAAGCAACACCCGGUGACACUUGGAAGCAGCAUGGACAGCACCGGGCUCUUCAGCUCAGUGUCGGCUCCCGGAGAGCUGGGGGUGCCCGGGUCAGUGGAGCCUCAGUGCAGCCCCCUAUGUGGGGCACCGACGAGCUGUGCCCUGACCGAGCCGCCCUCCUCAGGGGAAGGUGCCCAGUGGCUGAGUAAGCAGCGGUCCCUGCGGGUGGUCUAUGUGCUCAAUGACAGCAUGAAGGCGGCAAUGGGAGGCAGCCCGGAGUCCGGAGCCCUGCUGUGCCUGCGCCGCGCCUGCGACAGUGAGGGGGCGCAACUCACCAGCGUCAACUUCGGGGAGCUGGACUUCGGGGAGACGGAGGUGCUGGACACCUUCUAUGAUGCAGAUGUUGCUGUAGUGGACAUGAGUGAUGUGGGAAGGCAGCCUUCUCUUUUCUACCACCUUGGGGUACGAGAAAGCUUCGACAUGGCAAAUAAUGUUAUUAUAUAUCACGAUACAGACGCUGAUACAUCAUUAUCCCUCAAGGAUAUGGUGGCUCAGAAGAACACAGCCUCGAGUGGUAACUACUACUUUAUUUCAUACAUUGCAACGCCUUGUGGUGACUACUUUUGUUGUGAAAGUGAUGCCCAACGUAGGGCUUCAGAAUACAUGCAACCCAACUGGGACAACCUGUUAGGACCCCUGUGUGUUCCUUUGAUUGACAGAUUUAUUAGCCUGCUUAAAGACAUACAUGUUACAUCAUGUGCGUACUAUAAGGAAACUCUGCUUAAUGAUAUUAGGAAGGCCAGAGAAAAGUACCAAGGGGAUGAACUUGCCAAAGAACUAGCACGCAUAAAACUACGGAUGGACAACACUGAGGUCCUGACAUCAGAUAUUGUCAUAAACCUGCUUCUGUCAUACAGAGAUAUCCAGGAUUAUAAUGCCAUGGUUAAAUUGGUGGAAACUCUGGAAAUGCUGCCAACUUGUGACUUGGCAGAUCAACACAAUAUUAAGUUUCAUUAUGCCUUCGCACUCAAUCGAAGGAAUAAUGCUGGUGACCGAGAGAAAGCCUUACAUGUGAUGCUUCAAGUGCUGCAGGCCUGUGAUCAACCAGCGCCCGAUAUGUUCUGCUUGUGUGGACGGAUUUAUAAAGACAUGUUUCUAGAUUCUGACUGUAAGGACACAAAGAGCAGGGACAGUGCAAUUGAAUGGUAUCGAAAAGGUUUUGAUCUUCAACCAUCUUUGUACUCGGGAAUUAAUCUUGCUGUUUUACUUAUUGUUGCUGGGCAGCAGUUUGAGACUUCCAUAGAACUUCGGAAAAUAGGUGUUCGUCUGAACAGUCUGCUGGGAAGAAAAGGAAGCUUGGAAAAAAUGAACAACUACUGGGAUGUGGGUCAGUUCUUCAAUGUCAGCAUGUUGGCCAGUGACAUCGGGAAAGCCGUACAGGCUGCCGAGCGCCUUUUUAAACUAAAGCCUCCAGUUUGGUACCUGAGAUCAGUUGUACAGAAUUUGCUACUAAUACAGCGAUUCAAGAAACUCAAUACAGAGCACUCUCCAAGACAAGAAAGGCUGAAUUUCUGGAUGGAUAUCAUUGUCGAGGCCACAAAAGAAUCUACAAAUGGACUGAGGUUUCCAGUCCUUGUCCUGGAGCCCACUAAGGUUUAUCAGCCAUCGUAUGUUUCAAUAAAUAAGGAAGCCGAUGAGAGGACAGUCUCUUUAUGGCAUGUGUCCCCAGUGGAAAUGAAAGGAAUUCAUGAGUGGAACUUCACUGCGUCUUCUAUCAGAGGUAUAAGCAUUUCAAAGUUUGAUGAACGUUGCUGCUUCUUGUAUGUUCAUGACAAUUCUGAUGACUUUCAAAUUUACUUUUCCACUGAGGACCAGUGCAGUAGGUUUUGUACUCUUGUGAAAGAAAUCAUCACGGAUGUUGUAGGUAGCACAGUAGAAUUGGAGGGUGAAGCAGAUGGUGACACUUUAGAGUAUGAAUAUGACUAUGAUGGAAAUGGAGACAGAGUGAUCCUGGGCAAAGGUACCUAUGGAGUAGUAUAUGCAGGCCGUGAUCUCAGCAAUCAGGUCCGUAUAGCAAUCAAGGAGAUACCAGAAAGAGACAGUAGAUAUUCCCAACCACUUCAUGAAGAAAUUGCACUUCAUAAAUAUCUUAAACAUCGCAACAUUGUUCAAUAUCUUGGCUCCGUUUCAGAAGAUGGAUAUAUCAAGAUCUUUAUGGAACAAGUCCCAGGAGGUAGCCUUUCAGUUCUUUUGAGAUCUAAAUGGGGCCCAAUGAAGGAACCUACCAUUAAAUUUUAUACAAAACAAAUCUUGGAAGGAUUGAAGUAUCUUCAUGAGAAUCAAAUAGUUCACCGAGAUAUAAAGGGUGACAAUGUCCUAGUCAACACAUACAGUGGAGUAGUAAAAAUAUCCGAUUUCGGGACAUCAAAGCGGCUUGCUGGAGUAAACCCAUGCACCGAGACCUUUACUGGCACUUUACAGUACAUGGCUCCAGAGAUUAUUGAUAAGGGGCCUAGAGGAUAUGGUGCUCCUGCUGAUAUCUGGUCUCUCGGAUGUACUAUUAUUGAAAUGGCAACAGGAAGGCCUCCAUUCCAUGAGCUGGGAGAACCACAAGCUGCCAUGUUUAAGGUGGGAAUGUUUAAAAUUCACCCAGAAAUUCCAGAGUCUUUGUCUGCUGAGGCCAGAGCUUUUAUAUUGCUGUGUUUUGAGCCUGAUCCAGUAAAGCGUGCAACAGCAGCCGACCUGCUGAGAGACUUCUUUCUGAAGCAAGCAAAUAAAGGAAAGAAAAGUAAAAUAGCAUUUAAGCCUGCAGAUUACAAUCGCAGUGCAUCUCUGCCACUGCCAGUGCCCGGAGAACUGGCUGGUAGCAGUAGCAGUGAGCAUGGAUCAGUAUCGCCUGACUCUGAUGCAAAGCAUGAACUAUUCUUUGAUAAGGCUAAAAGAUCCAGUUCUGAAAGUCCUUCCAACAAAGCUCCUGUGUCCAACUUAUUAAGUGUGCCGGAUGAUGGCUCGGUAUCAGAAGACAGAAGUACCCCCCCUUCUCCUGAUGAACGGGAUUCUGGUCUGUUUCUCCUCCGAAAGGAUAGUGAACGUCGUGCGAUACUAUUCAAAAUCCUUAAAGAAGAGCAGAAUAAAGUGUCCUCAAAUCUGCAAGAAUGUCUUAUGCAGAGCUCAGAAGACGUGCAGCUGUCAGUCACUCACAUCAAACAGAUUAUUAGUAUCCUGAGGGACUUUAUCCGCUCUCCAGAGCACAGAGUUAUGGCUUCCACCAUAUCCAAGCUCAAAGUGGAUCUCGACUUUGACAGCACAUCUAUAAAUCAAAUCCAGCUUGUCCUGUUCGGUUUCCAGGAUGCGGUUAAUAAAGUCCUAAGGAACCACUUAAUCCGGCCUCAUUGGAUGUUUGCAAUGGAUAAUAUUAUUCGACGUGCAGUGCAGGCAGCUGUCACUAUUCUUAUUCCUGAGCUAAGGACACACCUGGGACCUGCAUCAGAGUGUGAGGGAGUGGAUAAAGAAGUGGAAGAUGAAGAGUACCAGCCUGUUCAGCAGACUAGUUCUGAAGAGGCUGUCAUCACAUCUGGUGUUAGCACACUUAGCUCAGUGGUUUCACAUGAGACACAGGGUCACCAGCUAAACCUACAGCUUGGGAAACUGAAACAAGAGACUAACAGAUUAUUGGAAGAGCUUGUUCAAAAGGAAAAAGAAUACCAGUUUCUUUUAAAACAAUGCCUGGAACAAAGAAGCCAUGACUUGCACCUCCUUCAGAUCAAAUCUAGUAUGGAUGUUCCAAGAUCUGCAUCUUUUGUGUCAAUUGGCAUAAAUAGAGACCAAGAACUAAUGGACUGGCUGAGACAGCAAGGGGCUGGCGAAGAGGUUGUGGAGCAGUUUAUUGAAGAAGAUUAUACUCUUAAUGAUGUUCUUCAUGAUAUCACCAAAGAAGACCUGAAAAAUCUAAAACUCAGGGGUGGACCUCUGUGCAGGAUCUGGAAGGCAAUCUCCAAACACCGGAAGCCUAAGAAAAUUCUUGGCCUGGACAAUUAACACUAUAGAGAUGUCUGACCUGUAGAGAUACAGAAUGUAAAGUGUAACAUAUAGGAAAAACAUUCCAAAUUUUAAAUUAUUUAUCUUUUGUACAUCGCUGUAUAGUUAUUACCUCCUAGGUGUAUGUCAUUUCUUAAAUGUAGAGGUUGUAUAACUGCUGUACUGUAUCUAGUGUGAACAUUUGGGUAUUUUUUCUAUAGGAGUCUGAUCGGUAAAUCAGAUAGACAUCAGUGAUGUAGCAUGUAAGGUGUAUCAAGAGUAAGUGUAAAAGAACAGUAAACCUAAGGUAAAGCGCCGCUAAUGUAAUACACGAAUAUGUAUGACAAAUAGGGUUCCCAGAACUGCAGGUCUGUAAGAUAGUGUAGUGGUCGCAGGAGCAGGGAUUUUGUUGUUCGUCCUGUCAGUGAUGUCACUGAAGAAUAAGGAAAAAUAAACUGCAUACAAGCACUAAACAAAUGUAUGUAAGACAGACUUUAGGCUUUGUGCCUUUUUAAACAAGUCCAUUAACAUAGCGAAAAGUAAUGGAUACAGAUGUCAUGUAAUAUAUGGUGACACAUUCAUCCGUCUGUAUCAAUAGUCAACGUGUGCUGUGUUUCUGAUUUCCUCAGCACAAUGUCUGGUACUGCUGUAGCGGAGCCUGUUCUGCAUAUUCAUUUUAAAUGGCAGCGACUAAAAUAUAUAGUGAAAUAUGUAAAGAAUCUUAAACGGGUGUACUCCGCUGCUCAGUGUUUGGAAGAAACUGUUCCAAAUGCUGGAGACGACGCCUGGAGCUCGUGAUGUCAUA